AUGUCGACCGAAGAUCAGGAACUCCCCGUCUUCACGACGGCGGCUGACAUGCGCGCAUGGGUGCGGAAGCAAAAAAAGAGCGGCCGCAAGGUGGCGCUCGUCCCGACCAUGGGCUAUCUGCACGAGGGACAUCUCUCCCUCGUAAAGGCCGCCAAAGAGAAGGCCGACGUGGUGGUGGCCUCCAUCUACGUCAACCCCACCCAGUUUGCUGCACACGAGGACUUCGACGUGUACCCUCGCAACCCGGCUGAAGACCGCGACAAGUUGGCCGCAGCGGGCUGCCAUGCCGUGUUUGAGCCGGACUCCCUCUACGUGUCAGUCCCCGGGGCCGACGGCGAGUCCUCCAAUGUGGUGGGUCGCGAGAGCGGCCACCCGGGCUCCCAUGAGACGUUUGUGACGGUGGAGCGCCUGCAGCGGCCGCUGUGUGGGGGCUCCCGGCCGCACUUCUUCCGCGGCGUGUGUACGGUGGUGACCAAGCUGUUCCACAUCUGCGAGCCCGACGUGGCUGUGUUUGGCCGCAAGGACUACCAACAGUGGCGGGUGAUCUGUCGGAUGGUUCGAGAUCUGGACUUCCCCGUGGAGGUGGUGGGGAUGCCCAUCUGCCGGGAGCCGGACGGGCUGGCUAUGAGCAGUCGUAACGCUCGUCUGUCCCCCGAGUCCCGGGAGAGGGCCUUAUGCAUCUCCCGGGGACUGGCUUGGGCUGAGAAGGCGGUGGCGGAGGGGGCGGUUUCGGAGCCCGCGGAUGUGGCUGCGCAGUUGAGGGGACGUAUUGAGGAGGCGGGGGGUACAGUGGACUAUGUGGAGCUGCUCCACGCGCACCACCUGAGCCCUAUCAGCGACCUGACCUCCCAACCCGUGCUGCUGGCGGUGGCCGCGCACUUCCCCGCCCGGGACCGGGGCACGACCCACGCUGCGAACGGACACGGCUCCAAAAACUCACAAUCUGUUUGA